CUUCUAGUGGCCCAUUAUAACUUAUACCUUUUAAUGAAGUGCUUCAAAGUAUGUGAAUGCAGUCUGUUGUCAGUGCAUUUGUGUUGAAUCAUAAUAAUCUUUUUUUUUACUUACAUCAAAAUUAUAUUCUCAUUUAUCUACUUUCAUUUUGUAUCACAAUGAUUCACACCCGAUAAUAUCUCUCAUCUCUCAAUGAAGUGGUUUCUACUGUAGAUAUACAUUUAGGAAGGAUGUCUUUGACUGAAGCAUCUACUAAACAUUUUUAAACAAAAGACUUAAGCUGCUCUCUAGAGGCCAAAUAAUCUACAUAUUCAGCGACAGUCUCCAUGUGUUUCUGCUGCCUUUUAACGUCUGGCCCACGUGUGAAUAUCGUCAAAUGUCGUCAUAUGAGAAGCCACGUGCGUCGCCACAACAGGAUCAUUUGUCUGUUCCCCUAGCUGUUUGUCAACGCUUUGGGGAAUUCAACAGUUGUCUUUAAACAACAACAAGUGACAUGGGUGCAGAAAAGCAACCAGGGCUCAGGUCUGCCCCCUGCUGCCGACACAACACAGUCAUCUUCCUUAGCAGCAGCAGCAGCAGCAGCAGCUAGUCAGUUGAGCAGUGUCGCGGAGCACACUUUGCACUCACAUCCGUCUGAUUAACACUCAGCAUGGCUCUUCACACUGGUCCAACCUCUGAGCGGAAGAAACUCACACAAACUCCGUUGCUCAAGAUCUGGGUGCCGGGCAUGGGCGGCAACUUAAACCGCAGGAGGGGAUCCUCAGUGCCACAGUUCUGCAACUCACCUACAAUGAUCGUGAUGGUAGGAUUGCCUGCCAGAGGAAAGACCUACAUCUCCAAGAAGCUCACACGCUACUUGAACUGGAUCGGAGUUCCUACUAAAAUGUUUAAUGUGGGCCAGUAUCGAAGGGAAGCCGUCAAGACCUACAAGAACUUUGAGUUCUUUAAACCAGACAACGAGGAGGCCAUGAAGAUCCGCAAGGCCUGCGCGUCUGCUGCCCUCAAAGACGUUACCGCAUACUUCUGCAAGGAACAGGGACAAGUAGCAGUAUUUGAUGCUACCAACACCACACGGGAGAGAAGGGCAAUUAUCCAGAAUUUUGCUAAGGAGAGGGGCUAUAAGGUUUUCUUUGUUGAAUCCAUUUGUGAGGAUCCACAGAUUAUUACAGAGAACAUCAAGCAAGUGAAAUUUGGGAGCCCAGAUUAUGUGGACCGAGACAUCGAAGAAGCCAUGGAGGACUUCAACCAGCGGAUAGAGUGUUACAGGGCCAGUUACAUGUCUUUGGAUGAUGAGAAAGACAGAAACCUUUCGUACAUCAAGAUCUUUGACGUGGGCAGCAGAUACCUGGUGAACCGUGUCCAGGAUCACAUCCAGAGUAGAAUAGUCUACUACCUCAUGAACAUCCACGUCACACCAAGAUCAAUCUAUCUGAGCCGCCACGGAGAGAGUGAGCUCAACCUGUUAGGGCGCAUUGGAGGUGAUUCAGGCCUCUCCCCUGGGGGACAGAAGUACGCCCGUGCAUUGGCCGUCUUUAUCAAGAGUCAGAACAUCAAGGACCUGAAGGUGUGGACGAGCCACAUGAAGAGGACGAUCCAGACUGCCGAGGCUCUGGGAGUCCAGUAUGAACAGUGGAAGGCUCUCAACGAAAUAGAUGCUGGUGUUUGUGAGGAGCUCACCUACGAAGAGAUUCAAGAGAAUUUCCCAGAGGAGUUUGCACUGAGAGACCAGGACAAAUAUCGUUACCGUUACCCUAAGGGUGAAUCCUAUGAUGACAUGGUCCAUCGACUAGAGCCAGUCAUCAUGGAGCUGGAACGACAGGAGAAUGUUCUAGUCAUUUGUCACCAAGCCAUAAUGCGCUGUCUGCUGGCCUACUUCCUAGACAAAGCUGCAGAUGAGCUGCCGUAUUUACGAUGCCCACUCCACACAGUUCUUAAACUCACUCCGAUUGCUUAUGGAUGUAAAGUUGAGUCGUUUUUCCUGAAUGUUGAAGCAGUAAACACACACAGAGAAAGGCCAACGAACGUCAACAUCAACAGACAACCAGAGGAAGCUCUGCUGACUGUUCCUGAUCACAUUUAAAUGCUGCUCCAUUAGACCAGAGACUAAAAUGACACGAAAUUCAUGACCCGCUUCACUUAAACCGAAACUUACAUUAAAACGUGGUCUUAUUACUAGUUUACUUUGCUCAAAGUUUUUAAUGAUAAAAUGUCAUAUUGUUUACAGUGAUUUUAAGAAGAUAUAGCACUGUAUUGAGGCUCACUGCAGUAGCUGUAAAUGCAGGUAGAGCUGCUGCACAGGUACUGGUUGAUUAAUUUAUUUAUAGGGCACUGCAGUGGGUUUACACAUAACAUACAGGAUCUCUUUGUUUACCAGGAAGUCCAUAACUGGCCUUACACAAAUUCAAGUUGAUAAAGUAUUUGUUUCAGUUUGGGUAUUCAUUAUGUUUAAUCCAUUAUGUUCAUCUUUUAAUGAAACCACAGAUGUUUCAAAU